AUGGCGUCUCCUGCCAAAAUCGACCUGUCCUGUCUCUCCCCCGACAAGGACACUGACAACAAGGACGGCGCCGCCCGCGAGGCCAAGAUGCUCGACGUCCUCUCCGCCGCCGUCAACAGUGCAGAGUCCACCGACGCCGCCGCCGCCACCGCCGCCACCGACCUCGACAAGCUCUACCGGGCCGAGAAGCCGGAUGCCGUCGAGGACUUUCUCUGGUCCCUGUGGAUGCUGCUCAUCGCCACCGUUAAAAAGGUGCCUGCCGACGACGCGCGCCAGCAGCUGCUCGUCGAGACGGUCGCCCAGCUCACCAGGAAGCGCGACGACCCCGUCAAGCUUUGGGGCCAGGAUACAAAGGUCUGGUCCGAGCUGCCCAUGCUGGGCCCUUGCAUGCGCGAUGCGUGGAACCUCCGCCCCAAGCUCAACGGUUCUGACCAAGAUAACGACGCCAUCCGCGAGUGGAUCUCCCUCAACUCCUUUGCCGCCCGCAUGUUUGGCCAAAAGCUGCAGUCCUGGGUCAACCUUGCCAUCUGGGAGCUGCGCGCAGCUCUCGAGGAGCAGCUUCCCGAAGCCUCCCCCACCACCGCCAAGGACGCUAGCCUGGCCACGGCGUGUGAGUGGAUCAUGCACGCGGGCGAGGCGUUGCAUGAGCAGGGCCUCCAGACCCAGAGCUUGGACGACAUGGAGAAGCGGGCGCUGAAGCCGGGGAAGCUGUUCAGCAGCCAGACGUCUGGGCUGAGCAACGAGCGGUGGACAUUCUGGCGCGAGAGGCUGGGGGAGGUGGGCGCUGGGGCCGGGAGCGGCGAACUGAAGGAGAGGGCUCAAAAGGCUGUGGACAAGAUGGAGGGACUUGAGGGCUGA